CUGGAAUAAGAUUGAUAUUUGUUCCAUACCCUAUAAAUAUUUUGUUUAUAGUAAGUGGAAUGGGAAGCACUAUGAUCACGGUACAUAUGAGCACAUCUACCAGACAAACUCAACGCUAUUUGUCAACAGGUGUCUGUCCAUCAGUCAAAAGCUUUUGACACUCGAAGGUGAAUGGCACCAGUAUGACGAUGUUGUAUAUCCACAACCAAAACAAGACUUUAUGUCACCUCUUACAAACUGGUGGAAUAACAUGAAGAGCACCUUAGUAAAGGGAAGACAGCUGGCUGCAAAGGUGAUGUUGGAAGGCAUAUUUGAUCUUCUGAGAACCUGGACUGAAGUGAAUGUGAGGAGUUUCUUUUCCCAGCUCCAGCAAUUCUUCUCCACAUACAGCUAUCCCUGUGUCUAUGACGGUGGAAAGACAACAUGGGAUUUAUUGUUUGGAGAAGAAGAGGUGAGAAGCCUCAUGAAAAACUUCAUGGAGAAAAACCUAGAUCCUCAGUCCCAAAAGGGCAGAGAAAAGCAUGAGGUUUUCCUCUCAGACCCACUGAAAGCAGGAAUUAUUAUCCUGAUUGUGUACAACAAGUACAGAUUAAAAGAGGACAACGGAAGUCAACUCUCUCAUCUUUGUCAGCUGCUCUGCCUGCCAAAAAAGCCAAGAGAUGAUUUCCUUGCUUACUGGACAGACUUCACCCAAGGCCUACCCGAGCAUAUUAGUGUUGCAGAGGAAGUUGAGUCGCUAUGCAACUUUGCAAGAGAGAGGAGUGUUGUGAGCUGGAUCUUGGUCAUCCCUCUCCUGCAUCUGCUUCGAGGGGACAGCAAGCCCUUUGAGCCCGUUCCACCCACCAUGGAUCCACCGUUUGCCACCUGGGCAGGGCUUAAAGGGAUCAAAAUAAAAGACUCCUACAGAGACACAAGGGGCCUGAUGAAGGUCAUGACAGAACACAAACACCUGGUGGAGGUGGAUCAUCUACUUGUGCGCUCCUGGAUGUGUCUGCUACAGUUGGAAGACUUGAUGAGCUUUAUAUCAGCCAUCCAUGUGGGUGUCUUGGACACACUUCAGCAACUCCAGUUCAGUCUCAAGUCUGUAAUGUCUUACUACACCUAUAGGCAACCAGUGAAAGCGAUUUUGUCAUAUCUUAUUGAAAUUACUGGACAACACUUCAGUGAUAACAGAUAUGGAGAAUGUUGCUUGAAAACAGCUGUGAGUGUUCUGGGGACAAUCUGUAAAGAUACUGCUGAUUCAGACCGCUGUGAGCUUCCACUGGACUGCCUGCAUCUGGUCAGUCUGAUUGCAGAAACUGCCGGAAGCUCCCAUCCACAGUCCGUGAAAAGUAAGGAAAACAAAGUUCUGGAGGAGACACUUCGAACAAUGAGGGACUGGCGACGAAAAGCAUUCCCAAGCAAAUCGGUUAACCAUGGGUCCUAUUUUACCUCAAAGAUUGAGCCUGAAAUGAAGGUCUGGAAAAGGUUGAUCUCAGUCACGUUUGGGAAUGAAGAAUUCACUGAACUAUGGAGAAGUACUUUCUUGAAUGAUUUUGAAGGAAAACUAAAAAAGGAGAAGCCCAUGCAUCAGAUUCAAAUCUACUGUGACAAGAUCGAGGAAGUGGGCAAGACAAGUCCCUAUUUGUGUAACUCUCUGGAGAAAUGUGCCUUGGAGGCAGUCACCGCCAUUUGCCAGGACAAAUCUAAUCUUUGUGAGCUGUUGAAGAAACAUGACUUCAGCAAGUUUGAGAAGCUGAUGUCUGUGAUAGUGCUGAAGUCCUGGCCCAAAAAUAGCGAUGGACAGUACGUCGAGGGCGAGGAGUUGGUGAUGAAGCACCUUCUCAGCUGGCCUAUGGCCAUAAGCAUCUUCCAAGUACAAGGUGCAAAUGGAGCGUUGAUUAACCGGUUGACAGAUGAAGCUAAAGAGCGGAUGGGAGUGGCAAGCUCUGCGUUCUGUUCUGUCGCAAAGAAAUUCAUCUACGGGAAAAUCCAGAUCCAGACUCUCAAUCAAAUCCUUGAAAGAAAAACAGAAUUCACUCAGUUGCUGAAGAUAGAUGACCUGUGUGAUGACGGUCGUUGUCAGGACGGGGACACCAUGAAACGAUUACUGAGAUGGAGAGCGGAGGAAGUGGAGGCUAUCGUCAAUGACAAGAAGAUGGUUGAAGGCCUUCUUAUAUUUUGCCACAAACUCCAGGAACAUCUCAAAAUCGAUGUGAGAGAGCUGCAGCGCAAAAACCAAGAGAACAUAGAUCAGAUGACGCUGGAUGAUUUCAUGGAAGUUCACAGACUUGACCAUGACUCCUCUAAUGUAACUGGGGUGGUCACAUACUUCAACCUGUGUGAUGACACCAGGCAGAUGGCAUCUAGCCUACGUGCUAUCAGGGACAGCUACAUUUUCACUAUGUGUUGGGAGAACCAAGCCAAAGAGCUUUCACAAAACCAACUUGACACAGAUGAGACAGAACCAAAGCCUGAGAGGGAGACAGAAGUGUACACUCUCGAUCUGAUCCACAGCGAAAUAUUCCAGAGUUGCAACGAUAAAUACAGGAGCAUCUAUGACAGUUUGAGAUCUGGUACGAUAUCAUUGGAGGAGGUGGAUAGUAUCUUUGAAGCCUACAAAGACAAGUACAAAGACAUGGAAAAAGAUCUGAAAAUAAUGUGCAGGAUCAACUCAGCUGAUGAUGGAAGAUGGAUCAAGAGCAGAGUCCAGCAAAUCCAACAAUACCAUGACCUUCAUCUAGCAUUGAAAUCGGCCAAGAUCAUUAUGGAUGUCAGAGAGACUAUCUGUCCUCAAGGGGACUUCAAAGUACUACAGACACUGCUAGAUAUGAACACGGAGGACUUUAAGGAAGAGAGUCUGAAUCGCAUUGAUGACAAUUUGCUGGAGAUCAAGAAGGAUCUUGAGGACAUCACAGAACCUCGCAGACGGUGUCUUCGAGAGCUCGGACUGAGGAUAAACUUUGUCAAAUGGGUCAAAGAAGCUCUUGAAGAUAUCAACGAGCUGAAAGUGUUUGUUGACCUGGCCUCCAUCUCCGCCGGUGAGAACGACUUGGAUGUGGACCGUGUAGCCUGUUUCCACGAUGCUGUUCUUGGUUACUCCUCCAUGCUCUAUGGCCUUCCACCAGAUGCCGACUUUCAUGCCUUCAAGGAGGCUUUGGCAAAACUGUGGAAGGCGCUUGGAAAUGACAGCAACAUACCAAAUAAGCUGCGGGACACUGCACGUCAUUUGGAGUGGCUGAAAACGGUGAAGGACAGCCAUGGUUCUGUGGAACUCUCUUCUCUAUCAUUGGCCACAUCCAUCAACACAAGAGGCAUCUACAUUAUCAGUGCACAAAACCAGAAGAAGCUGUGUUUAGACACUGCUCUGAAGCUGCAGAUCCCAGAGCACCAGGAGGAAGAUCAGAUGCGCAACUACUCCUUAGAAGACCUGAGAGAUCUGCAGAACAAGCUAAUGCUGAUGUCUGGAAAGGGGGAACCAAGCCAGAUUGAGGUGGAUCACUUUACUGAGGUUUUUGACAGUGUCCAGAGGCUAGCUGUAGCCUUUGUAGAUCUUUAUGCUGCUGGGAACCCACUUUUUAGGUGUUGGGAGGCCAAGAUUCACUGUAAUACUCAAAGUGAUACUGGUAUCGUAAUGGAAUUCAACCUUGGCAACAUUCUACAAAACAUAAUGGUGGAGGGCAAUGCAAUGGACCAUCUUACAGACCUGUGCAGGAAGAUAGAGGUGUGUUUGGAUGACUGGAACAGAUUCAUGGACAAACAGAGAUCUCAGCACUAUUACCUCAACUAUUACACCGCAGAGCAGAUAGUCUACCUUUGUAAUGUUUUGACAGAGAAGAAUUUGAACACUAAGUUGGAUGAAAAGGUUUUGAUGAUGCUCUCUUUCAUCAAACCUGACUGCUCCGUGUCAGAUGUGUGGGAGACAUGGAUGACUUUUCAGAACAACAUGACAGAAACUGAGCAAGAUGAAGACCCCAGAUUUCAGACAUUCAUUGACCUUCAUAAUGACUUGGGAGACUUUGAUUCUUCUUUUGCUGAUGAGGACAAAUGUGCCAUUGAUGUUCUGCAGAGCCUUCUGGAUCAGGCUGUUGGUUUACGAAAACUGGAUCUGGUCUGGGAUGCUUACAUGAAAGAUAUGAGGAGCAUUCUCCAGGACUCCUUAGACACCAGAAGCUUUGGUAGAUUGCUAGAGAUGUUGGCCAACAAAGAGAACCAGGAAGAAGAUGAUGAAGAACCCAUGCUUUUAGAACCAAGUGAGAAUACAGUCCGUAGAAAGCUCCCAAAAGGCCUCUUCAAUUGUCAACCUAAUCUCAUAAUCUGCCCACAAGAUGAAAUCUUGACUUCAAGCAUCUGCUUGUAUAUGACCAGUGACUAUGAGCAGCUGCCUACCUAUGACGAAGUCCUCCUGUGUACCCCUGCCACGUCCUAUGAGCAGGUGGAGCUUUUCUUCCGGCGAUGUCUCACAUCAGGCUACUUGGGCGAGAAGAUCUAUACCCUGCUCUUCGCAGACCAGCUGAGCUAUGAGGUGAGCUACGCAGUGGAGAAGUUAUUUCAGAAACUGAGUUCAUGUUCCAGGAGCAACUACAGGCUGGUGAUCAUCUGCAGCGCAGAAAGAGAGCACACCUACAUCCCCUCUGCCUUCAAUCAGUUCAAACGGAACAUGGUGCCACAGGAGUCUCUUGAGAGGAUUCAGAGAUACCUGUCCAGGCAUUACACUGUCCCCUCACACCAGACCAGUGCGGCAUCUGUGUUCAAAGGUCGACACUUUGUUGGGAUUGUGUCUUCCCAGAGGGCUGGAGUUGGAAAAUCUCUGUACAUACAGAGGUUGUAUGAAAAACUGGAGGGGACUGUGACAAUGGGAACCACAUUCCGUAAAUGCAUUCGCUUAAUUGAGCCCAAGGUCGAUGAGCAUAUCAUUCUUCAGUCCUUGUUUGAAACGCCAGAGAGCAAGGAACACAAAGUCUUUCAUUUUGAUGUCACAUCCUCGGUACAGAAAGGCCUGCAUGAAUUUCUAUUCAAACUGUUCUUCCUGCGUUACCUGACGGAUUCCGACGGACUGAUGUGGAAAUGCAGCAACAAGCACUUGUAUGUGAUUGAGACACUACAAUCCACCAAUGAACCGCUCAGACAUGCUUCAAGAUCUGAUCCAAAGGGACACUUUCCUCUCUUUGAGGUCUUUCCUACGGUCUUCUGCCGUCCACCAAAAGAGGUUAUGGGGUUGGAAGCGAGAAUUGGAGACGAUCCAGUACUGGACACUGAGGACCCACUCAUGGAUGACCAGUGUUUCAGGAGUGAGACCUUUCAAAGACCAUACCAGUAUCUAACACGGUUCCAUAGGGGUGAAAAUCUCGACAGCUUCAACUACCAAAGAGUUGAAGGAACUCAUGCAGAGUGUCUUCAAAUGCUCUUCAUCUACUGUGGUAUAAUUGAUCCAUCCUGGGCAGAGUUGAAGAACUUUGCUGGAUUUCUCAAUCUUCAGUUGCUAGACUGUGAGACAUCGGAUUUCUGCAACUUUGAGUUUGUUGGAGACACUCUUAGGGGAUUCAGAAACUUUGUGGUUGACUUCAUGAUCUUGAUGGCCAAGGACUUUGCCACUCCGUCUCUCUGCAUCGCUGACCAGAGCCAUGGGAGGCAGCCGAUGGACACUGGACUCAACGAAAGAGAUCUAGCCCCGUUCCUCAUCAGGAAGAGAUGGGAAUCGGAACCGCAUCCAUACAUCUUCUUCAAUGAUGACCAUGUGUCCAUGACCUUCAUUGGAUUUCACCUACGGCUGAACGAGCAAAAUGGGGUUGACGCCAUCAAUCCGUCAACAAAUGCGGUAAUCAAGAGAAACAUUAUGACCAAAAACCUGUACAAUGGCCUCAGACAUCAAAGAGUUCCCUUUAACAUCGACUUUGACCAACUUUCUCGAGCAGAUAAGAUUGAGCGUCUAUGUAGUGUGCUGGGGACCACGUGGCCAACAGACCCUGAUGAAACGUAUGAGCUCACCACCGACAACAUACUUAAGAUGAUGGCCAUUCACAUGAGGUUCCGGUGUGGCAUUCCAGUCAUCAUAAUGGGGGAGACUGGCUGUGGGAAGACACGGCUCAUCAAGUUCCUGUGCGAGUUGAGAAGGAGUGGGGCGCCCACGGAGAACAUGAAACUUGUCAAAGUUCACGGUGGAACUACAUCUGACAUGAUCUACAACAAGGUGCGGGAGGCAGAGAAGAUUGCGGUUGCCAAUAAAGAGAAACACGAUUUUGAUUCUGUUCUUUUCUUCGAUGAAGCUAAUACCACUGAAGCAAUAAGCAGCAUUAAGGAGAUCCUAUGUGACAACACUGUGCAAGGACAACAACUCAGCUCCCAAACUGGCCUGCAAAUCAUUGCUGCGUGCAAUCCUUACAGGAAACACACAGAUGACAUGAUCAAGAGGCUGGAGGCAGCUGGUUUAGGGUACAGGGUCCGAGCUGAAGAGACUGAAGAAAGACUUGGAUCAAUCCCUCUUCGUCAGCUGGUGUAUAGGGUCCAAGUGUUGCCCCCAAGCAUGAUCCCUCUGGUGUGGGACUUUGGGCAACUCAGUGAUCACACAGAGAAAAUGUACAUCCAGCAGAUUGUACAGAGAGUUGUGGAAACAAAUUCAAUCAACAGAGAAUCCAUCAGGAUGAUCACUGAUGUGCUGUCGUCAUCGCAGGGAUUUAUGAGAGAGAGGAAAGACGAAUGCAGCUUUGUCAGUCUCAGGGAUGUGGAGCGCUGCAUGCAAGUGUUUGUGUGGUUCUACAACAACCACUCACUGUUUCAGAAUGAGUUAAAAGCAUUCCUCCAGAAACAACCCCAGGAGGAAAGGAGCAGGAGUGACCAACUACACUCACCUGCCAGUGAUCCAGUUGUUUGGUCACUGUUGAUGGCUGUUGGUGUAUGUUAUCAAGCCAGUCUAGAAAAAAAAGGUGAAUACCAGACCACAAUCUGCAAAUUCCUUCCCCAAGUCACCCCAAAGCAGAUGAAGCAGGAAAUCUCAGUCAUGCAGGAUCUUCUCCUAAGCGGUGUCCCAAUGGGAGAGACAAUAGCAAGAAACAAGGCUUUGAAAGAGAAUGUCUUCAUGAUGGUGAUCUGUAUCGAGUUACGAAUCCCCCUGUUUUUGGUUGGCAAGCCUGGGAGCUCCAAAUCUCUGUCUAAAACUCUGGUUGCAGAUGCCAUGCAGGGCCAAGCUGCACAUUCUGAACUGUACAAAAGGCUGAAACAGGUUCACCUGGUGUCCUUCCAGUGCAGCCCUCAUUCCACGCCAGAGGGAAUCAUCAACACAUUCAGACAAUGUGCCCGCUUCCAAGAGAGCAAGAAUUUGGAGGAGUACAUCUCUGUUGUUGUGCUAGAUGAGAUUGGAUUGGCAGAGGACUCCCCAAAAAUGCCUCUGAAAACACUGCACCCUUUACUGGAGGAAGGCUGCAUUGAUGACGAGCCACUGCCCCAUAAGAGAGUUGGAUUCAUUGGCAUCUCCAAUUGGGCCUUGGACCCUGCCAAGAUGAACAGAGGCCUCUUUGUGUCCCGUGGUGACCCAGACCAAAAUGAGCUACUUGAGAGUGCGAAAGGCAUAUGCUCAUCUGACAAGAUGAUUCUGGAGAAGGUUAAGCACCUCUUCACACCUUUCUCCCAAGCAUAUAUGACGACUUGCAAGAAAGGCAAAGGGUUUUUCGGUCUACGAGAUUACUAUAGUCUGGUGAAAAUGAUGUUCGCCAUCACCAGGGCCUCUAAGCAGAGCCCCAGUACAGGUAAAAUCAUUGAAGCAGUCCUACGGAACUUCAGUGGAAGGGAUGAUGUGGACGCAGUGCGUAUAUUCACCAAAGAGCUGACCGGCCAAUUCAUUCAAACUGAUUUGGAUGGCAUCAGCACUAUUGAUCUGGUGAAACAAAACAUUGUUUCCAUUUACCAAGAUGAGGAGUGCCGAUAUCUCCUUGUCCUCACCAAAAACUAUGCAGCCCUCCAGAUUCUCCAGCAGACAUUCUUCUCAGACCACAACCAUCCAGAGAUCAUCUUUGGUUCCAGCUUCCCAAAGGAUCAAGAGUACACUCAGAUCUGCAGAAAUAUCAACCGAGUGAAGAUCUGCAUGGAAACUGGCCAGACUGUUGUGCUUCUAAACCUUCAGAAUCUGUACGAAAGUCUCUACGACGCUCUCAACCAGUACUAUGUUUCACUUGGGGGUCAGAAGUAUGUCGAUCUUGGAUUGGGAACCCAUCGUGUGAAGUGCAGAGUUCACAAAGACUUCCGGCUAAUUGUCAUUGAAGAGAAAGAGGUGGUCUACAAGCAGUUCCCAAUUCCCCUGAUAAACCGUCUGGAAAAGCACUACCUGGACAUCAACACUGUUCUCAAGAAGGACCAGACGGUGAUUGUCGAACAACUAAAGGAAUGGGUCAAACACUUUGUCUCCUUGAAAAGUCAGCAGGCCAAGACAGACCGCUACAAGCCACAUGAUGUCUUCAUUGGCUAUCACUCAGACACAUGCUCCUCUGUGGUCCUGCAAGUGACUGAGAAGAUGAAAACUGAGUCUGACGAAUCUGACACUCAGAGGAGAGUCCUGGAUGAAGCCAAGCUUAUCAUGCUGAACUGUGCAACUCCAGAUUCUGUCAUUCGACUUGACGGGACUAAAUUAUCUGCUGAUGAGACCGAGUCCCUGACGCAAAUCUAUUUUGAGGAGCAGAAUCAUCAUUCCCUGGCAGACUUCAUUGCCUCUCACACACAAGAGGAGGAAUGGUUGCAUUACCACUUUACAGAGGUCACAACAUUUUCCCGGCUAUUCACAGCAGCAGAUAUCCAUCAGCUGCAGAACAUCACAGAGCUUUGCAACGUCAAGCUUCUCUCGCUGCAACAGUUUGACACAGAGCAUUCCUUCCUCAAAGAAAUCAGGCAAUUUCUUGACUCCACAUCUGACGACAAAGUCCUCAUCAUCCAAACAGACUAUGAUGAGGACUCCCAGAGCAUGAACAUUCUGGCAUCUGCCAAAUAUUCAUCCAUAAAUGAAAUAAACAAACCAAAGGAAGGUGAUAAUGGAAGGGUGUUUGUUUACUUUGUUACCAAACUGCCCCGAAUUAAAGGUGGAACCUCCUAUGUUGGAUUUCAUGGAGGACCCUGGAAAUCAGUUCACAUUGACGACCUUAGAAAAUCCAAGGAGUUUGUAUCAGACGUCCAGUCCUUGAGAAAGCUACCCAUCAGCCAACUUUUUGAGAAAAUUGAAGAGCCGUCCGAGGCAAUGCAAACAGAUGACACAUACAUCGAGGCACAUGGGGUAGAGCACUCUGCUGAGUUUGAUGCCAGAGAUCUGAUGCGAAGCUGUGUGCAGAGUGCAGUGAGCAUGCUCAGAGAUCAGGAGGACAGUGGAGCUCUCAGCACCAGGAGGGUCGAGAUCCUGCUGACACUUCUGGACGAUAGCGAGGACCUGAAAGCUACGUUCCUGACAACCCUGAGAAGCCGCCUUCACACUCUACUGGAGAACCGUGAGCGAAAUAUCCCUUCCCCCAAGUUCUGGGUGUUAACGGAGGCAUCCAACAUCGAUGCUCUUCAGGAGGGGGGAACCUUCACACAAACUCUAUGGAAGAGAAUCCAAGCAGUGGUCACACCCCUCUUGGCCCAGUUGGUCUCAGUCAUCGACCGGGACCGUAAUCUUGACCUCCUGCUGGACAGCAACAGUGGGGAGGAAGUCCGAAACCUGUGGCUGAAGAUAUUCGGCAGUAACGAGAUGCUUGAUAUUCCUAACUUUGAUCUCAAUUCUGAGUCUAAGACCAUCCUGGUGCAGAGCCAUGUCACAGCUGAGAGGACCAUGUGCUGCACAAUGCCCUUUAGCUGGAGGAUCAGAGAUAUCCUGGACGAACUAUUGAUUCAAACUCAGCAGACCAGAGGACGUGUCGAGGUGUUCUUUGAGAAAAUCCCCCUUGGUCAGUAUCUGGCUACAUUGGGUGAGAAACUGCAGAGGGAAUUUUUCCAAAGGUACCUGCAGGACUUCAUUGCCAUGACGAUGAAAGUGGCUUCGGAGGCGGAGUUAAAGCACCUGUGUGAAGCCCUGAGCUGCUGUGUGAAUGAGCUCCAGAGGCGACGAAAAGCUCCAAGUGAAGAGAUUCCCUCCCUGCCCCUGGUCCACACUGCCUACAACAUGUACCGUACCCGUCUGCACAACCUCACCAGGAUGAUGUCGUUGCAACCACAGGUGGUUCCUCACCUGCAGAGAAUCCCACUUAUGAAGGACAGCCCAGAGAUGGUUCUGGAUGUCUAUGCAGCAGUUGCCUGUGUUGAGCUCCUGGAACCCCCUGCAUUGGACUCUGAUGCCCAGUGCCAGGACUGGCUGAAGCAGGUGAAAAGACUGAAGGGGUCUAUGGAGCUGGUCUGCUCCCAGAGAAGCCUGAAGCAGUAUGGAGAGAGGAGCCGGGAACUGUUUGACUACAUCUGUAAUCAUUGGAACCGUAUCUGCAUCGUCUUUCUGUUUGUGGAACACAUGCUGCUAGGCUUUGAGUCUGAGGAGAGGGCGCUCAAGUCUCUGGUCCUUGAUCACACUCAUACCUUAGGCAAAAUUCUGGCAAAAAACUCAGACGUAAAGUCGGAGGAACCAUUUGCGGCCAUCAUUACAAUACUGAAGACUUGCAAGCAAAAAGCAAGUGAUCUGAUUUGCAAGUUUGGUUUCCAGUGCCGUGUGUGCAUGGGCGAACCACAAGACCCGGUGGAUCUGCCCUGUCACCACAUCUUCUGUCUGACCUGUGUCAGAGGAUGUCUCAACACAGGCCAAAUGUACUGCCCCAUGUGCAAACACGAACUACCAGAUGACUUCCAGGUCAAAGUGUCUGAGGACAUAAGAGCUUGCAUCACCCUAAACGCCCAGUUCAGGCAGAGUUGCAAUGCGUUUUUCAUAGACCUGGUCACUACUGUGUGCUUCAAGGACAACAUCCCCCCAUCAAAAGGUGUCAUCCUGCACCUGUUGUCCUUCCUCAUGGUCGAGACAGAACCCAUCCCACUCAUCAGAGCACAAAGUCAGAUACACACCAAAGAUUUCUCACCAUUUGAUGAGUCUAUGGACAAGAAUCCUGUGGUGCGAUCAGUGAUACUCAAGCUUCUGCUCAAGUACACCUUUGAUGAAGUCAAAGAAUAUCUGCAGCAGUAUUUGACAUUGAUAGAAGAGAGCAACAUUCUAGAGGCUGAGGAUAAAAAUGAACUUUAUGCGCUCUACAUCAACUGCCUUGAGGACUCCAUGUUCGACAGAAAGCCACAUGAAUGCCAGAAGCCUGCAGACCAGCAGGCCUACCUGCAGAAAGAGACUGAGUUCUUGAGUCACUUCCUGGACUCUGUCACUGCGUCGGCUGAGACUGUCACAAUAGAGUACCUGCAACAGAUCGCGAGGGUCCGUCUAUGCCUGGACACGGCUGCACACUUGCUCCAUAGCACACAGUCUGGGGAAUGUGAAAAUCGUCAGGAUGCGGUCGAGGAGUUCCUGUGUGCUGUUAGGAGCCUGUGUAAGGAGAGUAAGAACGACUGGUACAGGGUGUACCUGAUCCGCAACAUCAGCAGCCAGCAGGGUGUAGAGUAUGUCCAGAGAAUGCUGAGGGAUACAGAGACGUACAGGUGGCUUUUUCCUGAAGAGGUGCAGCAACAGAAUGAAGAUGUUGGCCAGAUGGACCAGUAUCUCGUCUAUGGAGACGACUACCAGGUUAUCCGCGAGGCUGUUGCCAAAGCAGUACUAGAGGACAGUGUGCAGGAGAUUGAGGAUACCUGUCAGAGAUGUACUGCACCUGCAAGGAGGCGGACCUUGUAUAUCCUGCUGGCUCUUUUCAGAGAAGUCACCAGUCUGUACCGAGCAGCCAACACAGGCCUCCACCCCACCCCUAAGCAAUGCAAAGCACUUGAUGACUUCAUCGAGGGAUCAAGGUACCUACAUCGCAGGGAAGUGAGGGACUUUGCCAAAGAAUUGGUUCACAACAGGAUGGGAGGACUGAGUGUCCUGGCAGACCGGUCCAGUGUGGAGCACACCCUUAUAGAGCUGGCUGUCCACAUGUCUGCUGUGCUGCUCACUGGGACAGAAGGGCUGCUCACACCUCUACAGCAGCUUGGCCUGUCUCCCAACAAUAUGCUGAGUGCCUUUCUACCCACAAUGCCUGAGGACAUGCUGGCUGUCGCUCAAAGGCUUAUAACACCGAAUAAAGUGGAUUAUGGACUCUCCUGGUACUCUUGUCCGAAUGGUCACCCCUGUGUUGUGGAUAAGUGUGGUCAACCCACCCAUAAGGCAAAAUGUCUAGAGUGUGAGGCGGAGAUUGGAGGGGAGAACCAUGUUCCCUUGACUGGUUUCCGGAAGAUGGAGCUACAGCAGGGAGAUCUCACAAGGACUGGCCACAUCCUGGGAGACCCUGAGAGGAGGGACAACCCAGACACCCUGGACACCAAAAACAUGUCCCACACCCCCUUCAUCCUGGUCAGACUGCUCACCCACCUGGCCAUGCUGAGAGGGGCCUCAGAGCAGCCACAGUCCAUCCAGCAGAUCAUCCAGCCUCCAGUCCAGGACGCCUGCCAAUUUCUGAUUUGUCACCUGCUGAAAGACAUGGAUCAGCUGACCAAAGCCCUGGGGAAGGGAAAUGAUGACACGGUCACCACCGUCCACCUGAUAGUCAGAUCCAUUCUGGAACCACCACCGACCAAUCAAUUGCCGGCUGGCAAUGAUCCCCAACUCUCAACUAAAGAGGCAAGAGAUACCUGGGAGACAACUGUUGCUACUGACAUCAUCACUCCUCAGUUGAAGAAACUUGACCAGCAGCUGAGGGAGGUGAACGCCACCAUCAGAGACGACUCCCGUGUCUCCUCUAACUUCGUCAUGAGGGUGACAUUUGGGGACGAGUGUCCGUUGUCCUCCCUGUCUCAGGGCUCCCAGGUCCACUGUUCAGGGGUUUGGAGCUGCAGAGAGAGGGUGUCCCUACUCAGUCUCACCCACAUCGUAGAACAGAAUGACGGAAAGGACAAGCUGCCAUUACUCUGGAGGUUCCUACAGAAGGAGGCGGAGUUCCGGCAGGUCAAGUUCCUUCCACAUAUCCUGGCCCUACAGAAGAGUCUGGUGAAAAAGUUCCAGAACUCAUCAGACCUGAUGGAUGUCUCCAUCAGAGAGUUCAUCCAACGACAGUCAGGACCAAUGAGAGUGUGGUAUGAGAAGCACGUCCAGAUAUUUCUGAACACGUGGAACCUGCUCAGAGUAUCUGUAGCCACCAAUGAGAUAAAGAUCCCAGAAGACUUCUGGAAGGAUGAUUUGGACCUGGACAGUGACCUCCAGUACCUCCUGCCGCGGCGCCAGGGUCCAGGCUUGUGUUCCACGGCUCUGCUAAGCUACCUGGUGGCCCUUCACAAUGAGCUGCUGCACUCUGUGGACCGCCACACUGGGGAAGACACCAGCUACAAGGUGAGCCUGUCAGAGCUGACAGAGCUGCAUGUGAUCCGCUAUGAACUGGAGAAGGACCUGCUGCCCCUGGUGCUGUCUAACUGCCAGUACAGCCUGGAGCGUGGCAAGGAGACCCUGUCUGAGUACGACCUGCCCAAGAUCCAGCAGCAGGUUCUGACCCGUUUCCUGCAGGGCAAGCCUCUCAUCACACUGACUGGAAUCCCCACUCUGGUCACCAGACACGAGAGAGAUUAUGACAUCAUUUUCAAAAUGGUGAAAGGAAACGUGUCUCAGGAGCAUCUGCCGUCCCUGACCCUCACAGCCCUGUCCAGGGAUCUGCAGUCGUACAGUGAGGUGUGUGAAGCCCUGAAGGCUGUGGAGCUGGCUCUGGGCUUCCUGUCCAUGACUGGGGGAGUUUCCCAGAUGCCCCUGGACUGCUACCUGGAGGACAUGCUGAAGAUGGGCGAGCAGAUGGAUCCUCACAUCUUAAAGGCUCUGGGCAGGUGCAGUCUGAAGCACGGUGUGGCUCUGUGGCAGCUCCUGUCUUCCCUCAAAUCAGAGAACAUGCUGAAGAGUCUGAAGAGGGACCCUUUCUCUGGGGUGUCUACAGAGUACCAGCAGCCCCUGGAGGAGGAACAGAAGAGGCUGCUCCAGGGAUUCAUCUCCAAGGGUCACGUUGACACCUGGCUACUGGAGAUGCACGAGUUCCUCCUGCUGAAUCUGGGGAAACCACAUGUCUCAGACACCUACAAACCAGACUGGAGUGUCAAAGAGACGUUGGCUGGAUACAUGGACCGCAAAGGAGUAGAAGUCCUGCCUGACGUGGAGGCCUCCUUCCCAGACAAGAUACUCCUCUCACAGAUUGUAGAGACCUGGAAAUUCACUGUGACUUACCAACAGGAAUGGAUGGCGUAGUUGAUCAACUGUCCAUUUGAAUGUAAAUGGCUACUAUAAACAAUCAGGGAAAUGUUAGAAUAGAUAACAGGAGUAGCCUGUCAUAAACACGAUUUGUUAUUAGCCAUUAAGUGAUAGCACAAGUGAUCGCACAGUACAGUAUGUGCACCACCGACACUCCAGAUGCAUAUGUAAAUGGUAAAUAUGAAGAAUCAUGCCUUCCUCCAUGCAAAAAAACUGCUUUGAAUGUGAUUUUCCUUGACUGUUAAAAGUAAUAGUUUAGUGAAUAUUUUUUUAUGUUCAUUUUUGGGGGAAAUAUAGUUGACUUUGAGAUUCUAUUCAAACUUUUCUAUUUUUUUUUGAUGCAGUGUAAAAUUGUUUAUAUUUUUAUGUUAUGCUCUCGUUUUUACCUCGUUUUUUUUUUUUAAAUAGGUUCGCAAUCUUCAGACUUGUUAUUUGGCGUUUCUUCCAAGAUAAUAUAUCCUGACACCAUUGACUUUAGAUCAGUGGGCGCUAUGGGUCCAUUUUGUCUAAUUUGCAGCCUUGUUAGUGAAAUGCACGACAUUAGAAUUGUAUCUGGUUGAGAAUUCAGUAUAGCCCUCAUCUCCAUUAGUUUUUUGUUCUGAUUGAAUAUGAGUAGAUUCUUUGCUUUGUCUUAAAUCAUUUGUCCAAUCAUGACCUCCUGAAAUAAAGGGGCUGGAGCCAUCAUCUCACUUUGAGAUUCAAUUACA